GACAAAAGUUCGGUUUCAAAAUUACGCUUAUUUCUCAUCGAUUCUUUUUUGUAAUUUUUAGUUGAUUUGGUUCUUUUGCUAUCGUCAUAAUUUCGAAUUGCAAAUGGGCAAAAAGGCUUCGGGCCAGGUGUAUAUAAUGAAAACGUGGGAGAGGAGGAAGUUCAAGAAGCGGGUGAAUAGAAUUUUAAAGGUGAACAUGACUAUAUGGUUUGACCAAAACAUGGAGGCAUUAUGUUCUGAAGUGUACGAGAUGCAAAUCAGCGAAGCGGCCGGCGGGGUGCCCUCACUGGGAGCGGAGCCUUGCAGGUUCCCCAAGCUCGAAGAAUGCGCCCAUUUCCACUACGAAAGGGUGCAACUACCCCCGCUCACCGUCAUCCUCCAGACUAAUAUGGAUCAAUCGCUUCAUUCGCAACACACGAACGAGGACGCAGAUGACGAAUGGUUCAUGGUACAGGUGACGUCGGGAGAGGCGUGCUGGAUUAUCCAGAGGAACUUCGAGAAUUUCCAAAUGCUGGACGAUCAACUGCAUCAGUGCAUCUUCGACAGGAAAAUAUCCCAACUGCAAGAUCUCUCUAGUCAGUCUCCGAACGACGAGGAACUGGAGACCAAACUGAUCCUCUACUUGGAGCGCUUCAGCAAAAUCGCCGACAACUCGGUGAACUGCGGGCCGGUGCUGAACUGGCUGCAGAUGGACAACAAGGGCCACAGGCUGCUGGUGCCCAGCGAGGAGAGCCGCUCGAUCAACACGCCGGCCGUGGCGGCGGCGUACAGCGUGCGCAGAUACGUUUCGCAGGCCCGAGACGAACUCAAUCUAGAAGUAGGCGAUAUGAUCUCAGUUAUAGACAUGGCUAGUCCGGGGGAGUCGAUGUGGUGGCGCGGCAAGCGGGGCUUCCAAGUGGGGUUCUUUCCUCAACAUUGUGUUCAUAUUAUAGGCGAUAAGGUGCCGAGGAAUAUACCUCUACCGCCUCCCGUCGUCGGGUCCUUAGCGUUAACGCCGAUCAAACCUGUAUUGAGGAAGCACGGCAAGCUGAUCACGUUCUUCAGGAGUUUCAUACUGAACAGGCCGUCGAGGAGGCGGCUGAAGCAAUCGGGCAUACUGAAAGAGAGGGUGUUCGGGUGCGAUUUGGGCGAGCACCUGCUGAAUUCCGGCAACGACGUGCCGCUGGUGUUGAAGUGCUGCGCCGAGUUCAUCGAGAAGAACGGAAUAGUCGACGGCAUAUACAGGUUGUCCGGCGUCACGUCGAACAUCCAAAAAUUGAGGAACUCGUUCGAUGAAGACCGAAUACCAAAUUUAUUUACCGAAGAUAUUAUACAAGAUAUUCAUUCUGUGGCGUCUCUGUUGAAAAUGUACUUCAGAGAGCUACCAAAUCCGCUGUGCACGUAUCAGCUUUACCAAAGUUUCGUCAACGCCGUUCAAGGGUGCAACACAGCCAUCAGAAACUCCGAAUCGGAUCAUGAAAGACUGUUAAAGAUGAGAGAAACUGUACAGAAAUUACCUCCACCUCAUUACAGAACGUUGGAAUACCUAAUGAGGCACUUGGCUAAGGUAGCUAUGCACGGUUCAAACACGGGAAUGACGACGAGGAACGUAGCCAUAGUAUGGGCCCCUAAUUUGCUGAGAUGCGAAUCGCUGGAAGUGGGCGGCGUGGCCGCCCUGCAAGGCGUCGGGGUGCAGGCGGUCGUCACCGAAUUCCUCAUAUGCUACGCCGAUUUGAUAUUCUGCGAUCGUCUGCCGAACUUCGAUCAGCGCGCCGUCGUCAACGAGAAUUUGCUGUCGAAGAAGUGCCGGCCCAACAGCCUAGCCAUAUCGACGCCCACCAAGCUGAUCACGCUGGAGGAGGCGCGGAGCAAGCAUUUGUCCAGCAGGACCGACGAUUGCAACUACAUCGAAGUCGGAGGCGGGCCCAACAAUUUGCCGAAGAAAUACCACACCGUCAUUGAGUUACCAUCAGGUUCGAGAAAAAGGGGCCUUACCAAGCGUUCCCCAUUGGGUUGGAGAAUGUUUUUUUCCAAAUCGAGGAAUCAAACUCAGGGAAACAUGCACAAAAAUCGCAAGGCUUCCACGCCGGUAACCGUAAACGAAAAACACACGUGUCAUGCGAUCUCUCUCAACAACAACAACGGAGGAGGAGGGGUGAAAUCGGCGGAAAGUCUAACGUCCGGCCAUUCGGAGCCCGCCAAUUCCGAGGAUAUAUUAGCUCCGUUACGUUCCUUAAUUAAACCCCCUGGUCACAACAGGUCCGUAUCGCACGAUUCUUAUUUUGAUACGUUGCAAAAUUCCCAAAACAAUUCCGAAGGCUCCUUGCUCGAUUUGAGUGAAAUACAGCUGAAUUUCGAAUUGGAAGAAUCGGAAAUGCGGAUAUUUUCAGAAGAUGAGAGUUUAGUCAGUUCCCCAAGGAUACAAAAGGAGUGUCAACGACGAGUGCUGACUCGCGCCCGUCCGGAGGAAUACGUCAACAGUACGACGAACUCAGUCAAUCCAUCGCCGAAGAAACAACCGCGCGUCAUACUCUCCCCCGAAUCCCAAUCGAGGAAGCGCACCAGGCUCGAAGACCAGCUCUCCGACAUCCAGUACAUCGAUUGUAAUACUCCGGAUAACAUCGUAUCAACCACGGCUGUGAUUCACGCUUUCCCGGAGAGCCCGGUCAACAAAUUCUUCGACUCCUAUCAGCCCAAGAACAAAUCGCCGAGAAACUCCGACAAUCUGGACGACAAACGACAAUCCUCCGAUUCCACUAACACGGUGAUAACGAAAUCUUCCACCGAUUUGGAUAUUAUCAACAGCUUACUAACCACCCCAACGCCCGGAUCGCCCGGUUACAAGCAACUGGGAGAUAGCAGUUCUAAUACAACUCCCGGGACUCCGGCUUACGACAGCUCCCCCACCGAAAUCGAUAAUAAAUCGCAGAAGCCCGAAAACAUACGAACUACGAUCAGCAUCACUUACAAAUCGCCGCCGCGCAGCACUCCCGCGUCACCGGUGAAGAAUCCCUGCACGCACGCGUACGAAAACGUGAUUUUGAACACCGAGAAAGUCGACAUUCCCACCUCCGCCGCCUCGUUGCCCAUCCAAGAAGCCUCGCUGACCGUCAGCGGCGAAUUCGUAUCGGACAGACCGAAGAGCCUGAGCGCCCUCGAAGACUUCAAAGAGACCACCAUCAAGGGAAACUUGAGCUCGAGCGCCAUCUGCAACACCAGCGAACAGCUGUCUAUAGGCAGCUACGUCGAUCAGAGUUCCAAUCAAUCGUCGGCCUCAAACGUCCAGUACACGGCCAGCAUCAGCUCGGCUCCGUACCAUUACAUCGAAUCGUCGAACCGGUGCAGCCCGAGCGAUUUGAGUUUGAGCGAAGUCGUGGGCAGCCUGACCGCCAGCCAGACGUCUCUGAGCUACCCGGGCACGCCGUCCAAACGCACGCCCAGUCCCAACGUAAGUCUAACGCAAAUAUACGACUGCUCCUCGCACGAAGUACUCACCCCGGCCAGUCCCACCGAGACGAAGAACACCAGCGAAGGACUCAGCCUGGAGAAUUUGGACAACUUGCCGGACGAGGCCGACGACUGCCCCGUUAGCUCCAAUUUGAUCGAGUUUAGCCCGCCCGAGACGGACGCCGAGCUGACUCCUACCAAGUCGAACAGCAGCGACAAGAGGAAAUCGGACGAGACGCCUCCGGACACCAACUCCUAUCAGCAGGUGAUUAAGUAUUUCAGGCGGUCCGUGCACGAGGUGAACGCUUUGCUCGAUAUUGAGAACGAUGGGAAACUCGAAGACGACGGGGAGGAGGCCGGUAAAGACGGUUUCGAUUCGUUGGAGCAGCAGGUGAUGCGAGAGUACGAGGUUAUCGACGAUAACGUAGCGAUUGACGAUAGAGUGAAUGAACGUGUGGAGAUCAAGACUGACGAAGGAGACGCGAUAGAUGAAUCAAUUUGUACAGUAGAAAAUAAGGAUAUUGAAGUAGUUGUAGAUAACGAUACUGCGCCUAGUGAGAAAUCAGUAUUAACAUUAGAAGAAACUGAAGAUAGUACAAAUGUCGAUAGUAAUCACCCGAGAUUAAUGAAGUUUUACGAAAGGGACAGCCUCCCUCCGUGUUUGCGGGCCCGAAAACUCAAACAUCAGCUAAAAACCCGAUCGUUGGACGAGGAGGAUUUCGAGAAAGAAUUCGGCUCGAAUACCAUCGGCUACAAGACCAACUCGUUGCCCAAAACGCUGAAUCAACCCAAAUCGUUGCCGUUGGACGACGGCAAGGUAAUUUCCCUGCACUUGGCCCACAGCUCCGAAAACAUCAACAACAAUUUGAGCGAGGACGAGCAACAGAAGAAACGCGAAAGGAUCGAAAGGUACAAAGAGGAAAGGAGGAAAAUAUUGCAGGACAGAUACCGGUCUGAAUCGUUCAAGGAAAACAAAGAAGUGGUGCUGACACGAUUGCGAAUCUACAAACCCAAGGAGGAACUGCCGGAGCUGGCCAAAAUUACCGACGGCGAUCUGCCGCCUCGUUCGCGCAGAAGGUCUUCGCGCAGCGAGGACAGCGACAAUCCGGAUCUGUCUCUCGGCGCCGAAGAACCUCCCAAACGAGAAGCUAGCGCUGUCACGAAUUCGAACGAACCCGCGAAAGAGCACUCGAAACCUCGCUUGAAAUUCGACGAUUUCAACAAGGCCAAGGUGCCGCAGAAGUGCUCGAAAGACGAACGAUCUCCGCCCAUUUCCAAGCCGAUGACGGAGAGCCUCAAGUCGCGAGCGGCGAUUUUCGAACAACACUCCAACGCCGUAACGCCGCCAAGUAGUUUGUUCAUUCCGAAAUUGCGGCCCGUCAAAUCUAACGACGCGUUCGGCGGUAAAAACGUGCAGGAGAACCGCGACAAAACGUACGGCAGGUUCGACAGGAAGCAGAAUUUAGAAGGCGAUCUGAAAGAUUUGGAUUUUAUCAGAAUCAAAAGCAAGGAACCGGACGUGUUGAAAGACCGAAGGCAUACGUACGAAAGCAGAGAAAGAGAAUCGGAAAGCGAGCGCUUGAGAAGAAUCAGUUUGGACAACAACAGAAGUCCGAGGAAGGAGAAGACAUCACCAACUUAUUGCAUCAAAGACAUGAAAGCUAUUUUUGAAUCGAAGUCAAAGCAGUAA